AUGUCGCAGCCAUUGGAAUUCCCGUCUUCAUUCGUUACGCCAUGGAGAGACCUGCUCCUCUCCCAUCAACAUGAGCGCUCUAGAGACUCUCCCAACUACCACGACCCUGAAGCCAUCGACUCUCUGCUGACGACCACCACGCCAAAGCUGCUCUAUGUUGGCACAGGACAUUCCAUAUUCACUCGCGCAAUUCUGCCUGCCAUUGCAUCCGCCAAGCAUUCAGUUCAUUUCGUCACAUGUUACUGGGCCGCCUCUCCCUCUCUCGACGGCAUCCGCCAGACCCUCAUCCAACUAGCUGAGGCACGCUCAAGGUCAGGAGAGCCACUGCCUACGUUGCAUGUAAGCAUUGGAUUCUCUUCUUGGGGAUUGUUCCAGAAACUGUUUCACACGUCUGCGCCGGAGGGAUGCAUCUAUCCGCCGUCAAAAUGGGCGAAGCUGGGCUUGCCGAGCGAGAAGACGCUGAGAAAAGGGGGUAUUGAGAUGACGGUCAAGAGCCUCUUCUUUACACCAUUGAGUGUGAUGCAUCCGAAAUAUGUUAUUAUUGAUGAAGCUAAAGCGUGGGUUCCGAGCUGCAACGUGAGCUGGGAAAGAUGGUUUGAGGGAUGCGUCGAGCUGGAGGGCGAAGUUGUGGACAAGCUGUUGACUUUCCACGCUCGAGUCUGGGGCGCGAGAUCCCAGAGCAGGGAUAUCGAUGACGGCGUUGACGAGGACGAUGAAACUUCAAGCGCCUCGCCGCUCAACGAGGAGGACAACGACAGCUCAGCGACGCAGUGUAUUCAUUUCACCGCUGUUGCGCCAACGCCGGCUAUCUUUCUCCCAUCGCCACAUCAUCGAAAUCCUCGAUUCAGAUUCUUUCCCUUCUUCUCUCAGUCCAAUCCGCCCAUGACGCCUCUCAACGCCGCGCUGCUUACUCUGUUUGCAAAUGCUCGUCACGAUAUCCAUCUCGUCACACCAAAUCUCACAUCGUGGCCCGUGAUAGAGGCUCUGCUAGAAGCACUUUCUCGCGGAGUAAACGUACAAGUGCGUACCGGCCGCAAUAUGAUGGUCAUUGAGCAGCUCAUCACCGCUGGGACAACGACAUCGUGGUGCAUCCGGCGGUUCGUCAAAAAGUACCGGGCUCUGUGUAAGCAAUCUCGGGGGAGUGACUUGGAAGCC